AUGGAUACAGGAGUGUGCAUUCUGGAGUUACUUGGGGUAUUUCUCUCUCUUAGCGCCUGGCUUUGCUCACUGACUACCACUCUGAUGUCCCAGUGGCUCACCCUGUCCACUGAUCUCCUUCCCGCCGAGAGCUACGAGCUGGGUUUAUGGGAGACAUGUGUGGUCCAAGAACUGGGCAUCCUGGAGUGCCGACCCUACGACAGCCUUCUCGGCCUCCCUCCGGACAUUCGCCUGGCCCGGAUCCUGAUGUGUACAACCUUGGCAACUGGUCUAAUGAGCCUGAGUUUUGCCAUUCCUGGCAUUUACCUUGUCAACAGCUGUAAGGGCACAGAGACUCUCCAAGCAAAAAGGACUUUGAAGAUGUUUGGAGGAGUGCUCUGCUUUGCCACAGGAGUUCUUGUUGUCAUUCCUGUGUCAUACGUGGCCCAUCUGACCGUCCUACGGUUCUUUGAUGAGACUGUUCCUGAUGUGGUGCCACGCUGGGAGUUUGGCUGUGCUUUGUUCUGGGGCUGGACGGCAUCGCUUCUGCAUGUUGUAGCCGGAUCACUGCUCAUCACCUCCUGCCUCUAUUUGCAGAAUGAACAGUACCCUAUGCCAGGGUCAGUGCCACUGCAAGGAAGACCUGCUAGCCCUGAAAUGUCUCCAAGGAGGAGAACAGAGUAUGUAUGA